UGCAAGAAUGCAAUUCUUGCACGCCAUAUGUGCGCUCUACGUGACACCAACAAAUGUUGUUGUUCACACGUGAAAUUAGUUUUACGGUCAUUAAAAUAGCAUCCAAGAUGUUCAGAUCGCGUGCCACAGUUAUUGGGCAUAAGCCAGUAAUUAACUAUGUUAAUUCAAGAGGGCGGUGCCGAGUAAUCAGAUUAGUUUGCAAAAAUAUUUUUGAAAAAAUAUAAUAAUUAUUGAUUACCCAAUCGAAUAAGAUGCGGAUUAAAUAUGGAAAAAUGCCAGUCUUUACUCAUUGUCUGUUUCGCGACGACCGCAAAUACUGCUUAGUUUAUAACGCCGUCUACAUCUGUUAUGGAUUUUCGAAUUAUUCUUGUCUUUGUACUCCUCGGUGAAAUAGCGGUGAGCGAAACUACUAAGAUGAGAAUGUGGGAACGCAGAUGCUUGGUGACACAUAAUAAAAUUCGUAGCAAUCGUGGAAUUGGAGCAGUGUCGCGCUCGGCUUUGCUGACAGAGAAGGCUGAUUUGAAGGGGCUUCAUUUGGUAUUGAAUGAAUACAAAAUUCAUAUUGCUGGAUUAGCAGAUAUAAAUUCAAGUUUAUUACAAAAAGAGCGUAUUUCAUUUAGCACUGAAAUAUUGUCAAAAACUUUGCUUUUCCCUCGUUCUCCAAAUGCUAGAGACUUUCGGAUGCAAUUGUAUUUAUCCUUGGCUGCUGAAGACAUGAUCAUGAAAUGGGUUGAAAACGGACUCUUUUCUUUAGAUAAUAAAGAAAGAUACGACAGAAUGAUGGACCCUAGUGUGGAUAAAAUAGGAUGUGCUUUGCAUUACGUUCCAGUGCAAGGGAACGUAUACAAAAUAUAUGUCGUUGUCGCGUAUCAACUGAAUGAAAAAAAUGGAAUGGAAAAAGUCAAAAAAUUUCACUGGGUCAAAAUAGCGUUCAUUACAGUCGAAGCUAUUCCUUGCCAAGUCGUACUUGCGAAAUUAACUGCUUCGACGCUGGUUCUUGUUAUUCUCAUAACAAAAGAAAUGACAGAAGCAUGAAUAAAUCAGGAGUUGAAGGAUACGGGA